AUGCUAGGAAACGCCGGGUCGCAGUUGAGGGUGCCGUGGAAGGCGAAGAAGGCGGCGCAUCCCAGAGACGCGGCGGCGUUCGCGGGGGGCGCGCCGUCCGCGGGCGCCGUCGGCGGACCGCUGGGGCUCGGAGGGGUCACGACGCCGAUGGUGUCGGACGUGCCGACGCCCGUGGCGGCGGCGCGGCGCGGGCGGCUGGCGAAACCGCCGAUCGCGCCCGUGCGGUUGCUGCUCGCGACGGAGACGGAAGUCACCGCGACGGACUUUACGAGCCACACGGAGCUGGAGACGGAGGCGGAGGGCGGCGGCGGCGGCGGCGGCGGCGGCGGAAACGACACGAAGGGUCUCAUGACGCACCCGGAGAUGAUCACGUCGUUGGCGUACCGAAAAGACGCGAUGCGACGGCGGAAGCUUCGAAGGAGGACGGACGGGUCCUUGGGGCCGGUCAAGGAGGGAGAGGAGCCGGGUCUCGUUGCGGAGCACGACAGCGAUCGCGACGUGAAAAAGGUGGUGAAGAAGGCGGAAAAAGCCGCCCAGAAGAUCACGUCGUCGCUUCGAAGUUUGCAGCAGAGCAAGACGUCGAACGCGGGCGGCGGCGGCGGCGACGGGCCCGGAUCGAAGACGCAGGCGGUCGAUCUCGGGAAGCGAGGCCGCCGUAGCGACGUCGCGACGGCGGCGGCGGCGGACGUCGCGCCACCGGCGCCGCCGGCGGCGGCGGACCGUCGACCGGCGUCGACGAUUUCGCAGCUCCAAGAGCGCAUCAUCGCGUUGCAGGGCACCCUCCGCGGCGCGCAGAUGCAACGGCGGUACAACACGAUGCAGUCGCGCGCCAACGCGUCGCGGCGGCGGCACCCGGCCGGGGACAUCAUGCAGCUCGUGUCGUCGUCGCACCUCGCGCAGCAGUGGGGUCUCGCGCGUCUCUCCUCCGGGGAUCUCACACGGCACGUCAGAGGCGGCGGCGGCGGCGGCGGCUCGAACCCGACGACGCCGCGCGACGGCUCGCCCGCGAAGUCGCCGAUGAAGAAGAGCCCGAUCCGAGCGCCGGACGCGGACGCGGGCGCGUUCGACGUCAACGGCGACGUCAACGGCGACGUCGACGACACCAUCGACGACGACAUGGAAGACGACGACGAGGAGGAGGAGGAAGACGUCGACGUCGUCGCCGGGGCAUACAAUCCGCGCGCCAUCGGCGCGAGAGGGAAGUACGCGACCAAGGCGAAGAGCGACGACGACGACGACGACGACGACGACGACGACGAGGAGGAGGAGGAGGAAGGUGUGAACCACCAGGACGUCAAGCAGGCGGUGUCGCGCAUCCAAGCCAUCGUGAAGUCGCAAGAGGCGCGCGAGCAGUACCUGCGGCUGCGGCAGACGACGGUGUCGAUGCAAGAGCGGUUGGCGGCGCGCGGCCGCGACGCCGAAGAGGAGAACUUGGAGGUGGAGGACGACGACGACGAAUAA